AUGGAGACCCAACAUACAGAUACAAGAGGUAAACGUGUUGUUAUUGGUUCUAAUGAUUCUUCUAGUGUGCAGAUUUCAAAAUUAGAACAAAAGCUAGAUGCUCUUCUUGCAUUGAACUCGAGAAACCCUUCGAAGGAAGUGUGUAGCAUCUGUGAAACUCAGGACCAUGCUACCAUAGCUUGUCCACUUGGGGCUGCAUAUCCAGAAUUUGUGCAAGAGCAAGCUAAGGUGGUAAAUUCCUACAACCAAGGUCCAAGAAAUGAUCCAUACUCUCAAAGUUAUAAUCCAGGUUGGAGGAAUCAUCCAAACUUUUCAUGGAGGAAUACUCAGAAUCAAGCCAAUCCCCCUUCAUUCCAAAGACCACAAUCAUCAUCAUCAUUGGAGGAUAUAGUAAAGCAAAUGGCAAUCAAUCAAUCCAAUUUUCAGCAAACUACACAAGCUGCCAUCUCCAAAUUGGAAGUCCAAUUAGGCCAAAUAGCUGCUGAAAUAACUCAAAGAGAGCCUGGGAAAUGGCCAAGCCAAACUGUUGAUAACAAAGUUGAUUCCAAUCUUUCAAAUGAUGUCGUGGUUGUAGAAAAUGAAGAUGAAGAGGAGGAGAUCACAACUACAAAAGAGCAACAACCCAAAACUUCUCAAUAUGCUCCUAAGGCCAAAUCAGAUUCUCAGGAACCCAAUCCAUUCCAAUUACAUAAAAGGGAUGAAAAAUUCAUUCCUGCAUAUGGAAAGUUCAUCAAGAAUGUAAGUGCUGUGUUGCAAAGGAAGCUUCCACCAAAACUAGAAGAUCCUGGCAGCUUUGACAUUCCCAUUAACAUUGGAGACAAGAAAGUUGGAAGAGCCAUGUUGGACUUGGGAGCAAGCAUCAAUCUAAUGCCAUAUUCAGUGUAUCAAAAACUUGGCUUAGAAGGGAUGAAGAAGACUUAA